ACCGCAUUGGGCGGAACUUGUUAUCACAAGAAUGGAGUCGAUCGGCGGGCAAACGUUUCAUUUCAGGCUUUGAAAUGUAAUUUUCUCGAGACAGUUUUCAGGUUUCAUAUCUCCAUAUCGCAGCCGGUGACGGGGGACGAGGAAAAGACACCGGUUUGUGUGAGGCAACGGCUGCACGAGGGGGGAUGUCCAACGAGAGUAAAUGAGCGGUGGUGAGGAAAAGAAGGGCCCGCCGUCGUAGCCGGAGAGCUUCGGGGAAAAGUGGGUAGCGCCGCCUGACGGACCGCCCGACGCACCGGGGAGACACCGUCAGGAAACCGCGGUGCCGAAAAACAGGUUUGCAAUAUCAGAGGGAGCGCCGCCAACAGCUCUCCAUACGCCAUCACACACCAUAAACAAAGAUAUGAAUCAUGUUUGAGGAAACUAGACAACGAUUAGUCAAGCUCUUCUAGGUAGUGGUCGUGUUAUUAGCUGUAGCAUUGUGUCGCUAACGGCUUCACUAUUAUUUUUAGCGGGAUUUUUCCAAACUGUGUUUCUAGUUUUUGGGUCUAUUAUUGUGUAAAUUAAGGAAAAGCAUAUUACUGUUUUAAAUGUGAGUAAUGCUGUAAACAUAUAUCAGUAAUUGUAUGUCUACCUCAUGACUGCUGUGUAAGCAUGGUCAGAGUUACAUGUUUUAAUCUGUGCAUUCUUGUUUUCCACAGGUGGGAUCUACCACUGGGUUUCUGUAUGACCCUAUAAAUGUGAAGUAGAAACAUCCAUCCUCACACACUUUCUUUCAUGAUACAGCUUAUAUAAGGCAGACACACACACACAGACACUGGUACCACCAUGGCUGAGCAGCAGGAGGAGGUAGAGGGUGUUUAUGUGGAGCACCAGUAUAUGUGCAGUGAGUGCCAUCAGCUCUUCAACACCCUCGAGGAUGUGCUGAUCCACCAGCAGAUCCACUCGGGACCGGAGGGAGAUGUGGAGGCGGGGGAGACCAUGACCAUUCACGGUGUCCAUGAGAUGGGGCAAACCCAGCAGUACCAGUGCCUUGAGUGUGGGGCCCUCCUCAUGAACCCAGAGGAGCUACUGCAGCACCAGGAGAUGCACAUGAGGGAGGUGGGAAUGGAGGUGGAGCAGCAAGGUAUGAGAAGACUAGAUGCAGAAAAACUUCAAGUAUGGUGUAACCUGCUCAUGAUAUUAUUAACUGAGGUUAGUUUGGAUUUGACUGAUCCACAGAGCUGUGUGAGGUUUUGGAAGCAGCAGAAGCAGGGACUGGUGUUGAGGUGCCGGGACCUGUCCAGUACCAGUGUCUUGACUGUUUGGCUCUGUUUGACUCACCUGAUACCUGGCUGGAGCACCGACGCACCCACAGCAGGAGCAGCACACACAGCAACACAGAGACCAUGGUGAGAGGCCAAACACUAGAGAGACGUUAGGAGUGCAUCCACCUUGAUCAUAUUCUCGAAGCCUCUUGUUUCUGCUUUAUAAAGCAGGAUAAGUUUGCUUCUGCUAUUUUACUAUGAAGGUGGUAUUUAUGUUUUUAUUUUCAACAAGACACACAAGAGCAAAAGCCUAUAGGCUGACAGUUAUUCUGCAUAUUCUGACAAGUUGCUUCCUUUCGAUAGUGAAUAAUUCUACACGUCUAAUAACUUGAGUGGGUGUCACAGCUAAAAGCAGAUAUCCUGUUAACAAAACAUGUGAAUAAAAAAGAGACUUCUUGGUUACUUAUUAUUGUACUGAGCUACUUUUUAGUAUGCCAAUGCAGUAACUUUUCAUUUUUUGUCUUUUGCAACAGGAGUAUGUGCUGCAGCCUGAUGGCACUGUUACUCCACUGAACAGUGUGCAGAACUAUGUGCUGAGUGAGCAGCAAGCUGGGGAGAUAUUAGCGCAGGUACUUGGGACUGAAAUAACCCCACAAUAGAGGAGCAGACACAAUUUCUAAACGACAGGUGAAAGGGUAUUGGUGUAUUAUGUUUUCUGAAAUAUUUUCUGUGUGUAUUUUUCAGGUACUCGCCCAGCAGCAGCAGCAACAACUACAACAACAGAAAAAGCACCAGCCUGUCUCCAAACUUACUGUGACCUCCCGUACCGCCCUGCUGCCUCCAGUGACACCAACCCCGGGCUCAGCCACCAUGCACCUGCAGAUCCUAACAGCUCAGGCUCUUGCAGACAACUCCAACACUCCCGGUCAGCGCCGUUCAAAGCUGCCCCCUCUGCUGCCUGCUGUAGCCCGAAGCUCUGCCGCAAAGCUGGGGGUCCUGGAAAAUGGCGUCCAGAGGCUGGAGUUAAGGUUGACCUCCGGUGUUCAGGGCGACACCCAGCAGCAGCAACCAACAGAGGUGGUAGUCAUCCACCCUUAUGAGUGCUCAGAGUGCUCCCUUCUCUUCCAGACCCCAGAGGACUUCCUCCAGCACCAGGGGGAGCACUUCCUCGGUCAGGACAAAGAGAGCGGGGAGCCAGGUGUCAUGGGGGGCUUUGAGGAGGGGCGAAUGAGAGAAGAGACAAUGGAGAAGGUGGAUGACAUUCGGGUCAGAGUGGCAGAGAAGAGAGCGGCAGUCUGGGCUAAACCCCAGCAGUGUGAGCUCUGCCACCGCACAUUCACAUCCGCUAACCGUCUUGCUGCUCAUAAGCGUGUGCAUGAGCAGGGAACGCAUGAAUGUCCAGAAUGUGGCAAGAUGUUCAAAAAGGCAACAUCACUGCAGACACACAUGCGCACACACUCUGGUGUAGCCAGGUACUUGUGUGUGGACUGUGGCAAUGGCUUCACCACUGAGAUGACUCUAAUCAUGCACAGGCAAGAAACACGGAGCUACAACAGCUGCAUGUAUGAUGACAGACAGUGACGGCUGAUGUGCACAUCUGACUCUCCUUCUUUUUCUUUUGAUUCCUUGCAGGAAGUCCCACACCGCAGAGCCCCUACACAAGUGUCAGUUCUGCAACAAAACCUUCACCAACAUGACCAAGUACCUCUACCACCGCAGAACCCAUCUCAACAGAGAUUUAUCCAGCACAUCCACGUCUGUCUCCAGGGUAGGAAAAUAUGAAUUAACAUUUUUUUCCCAACAUUGUUAUUUUAGCUCACAUUGUUGUAGCUCUAGACUAGAAAAACCUUCAUAGCUUGAUGUGACCUACACCUGUAUUCUCUUCUAGGUCUCAGCUCGAAGAAGAGCUUCUCUCUCGGCUCUUGCCAUUGUGCAGAGAGCGAGAGAGAAGAAUUCCCACACUGCUGAGGCAAACAUUAACCUGCUGGCCCCACUCACAGAGGACGAACUGGAGAAACUGGGAGAAGAUUCAGCGCAAGACUCGCCAGGUAAAGCAAGAGAAGGUGAAAUGGGAGAGCAGAGGGAGGAAGACAACAUGGAGGUGUCUUCUCAGUCUGAAGCAAACACUGAAGAUCCCCAACAGGUGGAGAUCACCUCAAAAGUGACAAACUCCACCUCCCUGGACAAAACUGGUUUCAGAGUUUCCCCAAACUCUACUGACUCAACAGAAGCCAAUCCAACCGCAGCACCUGACAAAGGGUCUUUUUCUUGUCGUUCAUGCUCCAAAACCUUUCCCUCCCAGCUACAGCUGGUCCACCAUCGAAGGAAGGCUCACGUCACAGAGCGUAGUUUUGUUUGUGGCAUCUGCGGUAAGUCAUUUAAGAAACAGAUCCACGUACGAAACCACAUUCGCACUCACACUGGAGAGCGGCCAUUUCAGUGUUCUGACUGUGGAAAAACCUUCUCAUCUCUGGCCAAUCUGAUGAGACACAAUCUCAUCCACUCUGGUGUGCGACCGUACCGCUGUGAUGUCUGCCACCGCUCCUUCUCCCAGUCCUCUAACCUCCGUCAGCACAGCCUGCUGCACUCAAACACUGCAGUGCUGAGCUGCCCGGACUGUCCUGCCACCUUUCACUGGCCCACCAAGUUAGCAGCCCAUCGUUACACUCAACAUCCCGGUGCACCAGCCCCUUUCCCGUGCCCUCACUGUGAAGCUGGCUUCUUGAAAAGAAAGCAGAGAGACAGCCACUGUUUGGAGCAGCACCCUACACUGGUGCAGGCAGGCUUGGGGGCACAUGUUGCAGGAGAGAGAGACAGCCAAUCAGAGGGGGUAAAAGAUAUGACCUCAGAGCCCUCCACCUCGACAGCCGAAGAGACAGAAUCAGGAGACCCAACUAGUCUUUUACGAGGAGGUUUAGAUUGCAACAUUUGUGGGAAGAAGCUAAAUUCUCCUGCUAAUCUGCGGCUACACAGACUCAGCCACUUUGCUUUAGGUCCUGGACGGCCACGUUGCACCACAGGGAAGCGGCCCAAAGCCCACCAGUGCCCCAUCUGCGGCAAACUGUUUGUGUCUUCUUCAGGGGUUGCACUUCACCAGCGGGUCCACACUGGUGAGCGCCCCUUUCCCUGCCAAGUUUGUGGCAAGCGUUUCCGUCAGAACACACACUUACGGGAGCAUCUGCGCACACACUCCGGGGAGCGUCCAUUUCGCUGUGAAACCUGCGGGAAGGGUUUCAUCCAGAGUAUGCACCUGGCCGAACACCGUCGGACACACACGGGAGAAAGGCCACACAUGUGUCCGCAAUGUGGCAAAGCCUUCAAGACUUUCUCCAACCUGAGAAACCACAAGAAGACCCACGCCCGGCAACAGAGGCUGGAUGAGGAGGCUGCUGCUCAGGCUGUGAUGGAGAGCAGCGCCGCAGUGGCUGUGGUCGACCCUUCAACAAUGGAACUGGCUAACGGUCAGCCUCAGGUGAUCCAGAUCCAAGCCUCGGAUCUUCAGCAGGUCAGAAAUGUUUGUGAUAAUCAAAAGCUGAUACAAACUCACAUUUUUGUAGUGGCUAAAUAGAGCCCUGUGUGAGCUAACGGUUAAAGGUCUUAGUAAGUUUAACUCAGUUGAAGUAAUUCUGCACUCUGUUUCCUUCUCUCAGGCACAAGGUACUCCUACCAUCAUGUGUAAUGAGUUUGGUGAGACCAUAGCCAUCAUUGAGACCAGUGAAGGUGGAGCACUGCCUUUGGAGCAGGCCUUGGAGAUCUAUCACACAGCCCUGGAGAACGGUCUUGCCAUGGAUACACUGGAUGGACUGCAGCUCCUCUGAGGAAGUUUACAACAAAAGCAUUAUUCUGUUGCUGAUCGGAUGAGUUGUUCCAGGUCUAAUCACUGCCUAAGACAAGGUGUUCGGUAAAUGCAACGACUUACGUGAGCUGAAUAAUUAAAUACUGGACACAUCAAGUUCAUCAAACAGACCAAAGUAUAUCAACAAAGCUCGAACGGGGAUCAGUAUCAAAAGCUGUUUUUGUAAUUGGCAUUCAUUAGGAACAAGGACCAACAGAUGUGCCUCAGAUCAUAUUUGUAUGAUUAAUUUUAUCAUUUAUAUGAAACAGACAUGUUCAUUUUCUUGUGUUUGAAGACUCAGUCGGCUGUUGACAUGUUCUGUCGUAAGUAUGUGAAAUCAAUAAAUGUUUUUCUUUUUUCAAGAUGCAA